CAAAGUCGUACGUGGUCCGGGGAGCGGGGUCGAGCCCCAACUAUAUCGCUACUGCUACUUUAUAAUUCUUCCUGACUCUACAAUGGCAGCAGCGUACACGGCCAAUAAAUAAAUAAUGUACGUAUUUGACGCCGCUUUGCGUAUGCAACACAUCCACCAUAAGGCGAAGCAAGUUGAGCCGAGCUGAUAAGGUGAGGGACUUCACCUUUUGCAGACAAGUUGAGCCGAGCUGAGCCUCAUACUGAUACUCGCGCUCUUCUGUCCGUCAGAUAAAAUUAGCAGCGAAAACGAAAAGCUUUUCGCAAUCCCUCUCGUAAGGCUCGUACCUGUCAGAUCCAGAUCGGAGCUUUCCCCCUCCGUUUUUCACUGCAAGUGCUUGUCGAGAGGAGAAUCAAUUUCUUUGUUCGUGUAAUUACAUUGAUGAUUGAUGCAAUGCGCGGCUUCAUUCAGUGGUAGCUUUACCAUCGUGCGCACUGAUGCCUGAGUACAGUUGGGUUCUUAUUUAAAUUUUCUCAGUUAUACACUGAAAGACUUGAUGCCAUAAUGGAUCACAAGACAUGGCUUUGGAAGAAAAAAUCUACAGAGAAGGCCAUUGUAGCUGAUAAAGUAAACAUUUCUCAUAAAGGAAAUGGAGAAGAGAUUCAGACACUUCUGAACGAUAAAGCAGAGUUGGAAAGAAAUCUGAAAACAUUAAAUGAAGAGCUUUCUUCUGCCAUAUCUGAGUGCAAUGCUAAAGACUAUCUUGUGGAAACACAUGCAAAGAUGGCACAGGAAGCCCUUUCAGCCUGGGAGAAGGCCGAAGCAGAAACAACACUGUUGAAGCAAGAAUUGAGUGAAAUCAUGCAACAGAGAGUAGCUGGUGAAGAAAGACUGACACAUUUGGACAUGGCCCUGAAGGAAUGUAUGCAGCAGUUGCGCUUUGUUCGAGAAGAGCAGGAGCAAAGGAUUCAUGAUGCUAUGGUGAAGACAACAAGAGAAUUUGAGAAGGCAAGGAGUGUUUUGGAGGAAAGGUUAGCCAAUGCCAACAAAAGGCUUGCCAAAUUAGGUGCAGAGAAUACUCAACUCAGCAAGGCUCUUUUAACAAAGGAAAAAACAAUUGAAAUUAUAAAUGAGCGGAGAGCUCAAGCAGAGGCAGAUUUUAAUGCCCUAAUGACUAGACUAGAAUCCACAAAGAAAGAAAAUUCUUCUCUGAAGUAUGAGGUCCGGGUUCUUGAGAAAGAGCUUGAGAUUCGGAAUGAGGAGAGAGAAUUCAAUCGUCGAACGACUGAUGUUGUACAAAAACAACAGCAGGAGAGUGCAAAGAAAAUUGCAAAAUUGGAAUCAGAAUGUCAAAGACUACGCGUCCUUGUCCGUAAGCGGUUGCCAGGUCCUGCUGCACUGGCAAGAAUGAAUAAUGAAGUUGAAAUGUUGGUCAGAUAUCCAUCUGAAACAAGGAGGGAAAAGUUGAAUCAUUCUCCAGCUAGUUGCAUGAACUUUGCUGUGGACAGCACUCCUGAUGCACCUAGCAAAAGGACCAAUCAUUUGUAUGAGCAGUUGUAUGCAAUGGAAGCAGAAAAUAGACAUCUCAAAGAAGCUCUUUCCAAAAAGGCAAAUGAGCUCCAGUUUUUCAGAACCAUGUAUGCUCGCACUGCUUCAAAAUUAUCACAAGGUGAGGCACAGCUAGGUCAGAUAGUUACAGAAACUGCAAGGGACAUACCAGUACAAAAUGAACUUUCUAUAGCAUCUAUGUCUGAUAUGGGCAGUGAUGACAAGGUCAGCUGUGCUGAAUCUUGGGCUUCUGCUUUGAUUUCAGAAUUAGAGCAUUUCAGAAAUGGAAAACAAAUGCAUACACCAUCACAAGGAACUGCUGGAGCCUCAGAAAUAGAUCUGAUGGAUGACUUUCUUGAAAUGGAAAAAUUAGCCACAGUAUCCAUGGAUAAACCAUUUGGUAGUUCUGAUCUUGCCUCAGUUGAAGAAGGUGGCCCCUUAGAAAUUCAGUCAGCUAGGCAUUCCUUGGUGGUAGAAGAUUUGGGGAUUGUUCCACUACCUGAUUCCAUGCCCGGGCUUUGUGUGCUAAACGGUGAUGCACAUUCCAAAUAUGUUUUGAUCAGUAAAUUUCCUACUUGGCUUCAGGAUAUACUGAAAGUCGUCUUGGAGCAUCAUCAUGUCGCUCAAAGAAAACCUGACCAUAUACUGGAGGAUAUUAAAUUUGCUUUGCAAUAUGUUAAUAAUACAAAUUCCAGUGAUAUUAUUGAUGCAAAUGAAUGCUCAAAUGGGUUCAGUGCAUCAAAUCACUCUGAUCUUAGUGGCUACGUCUCUUGGAAACCUCCAGAUCAAUCUCCAUUCAGGGAUUCAGCUAAAAGAAGGAAUGGUGAUGAGAUCUCACCAGAAAAGAAGACCAACGGACUGAUCCAGUCACAUGACAAUAAAUCUGUAUGUAAGAUAAUUGAACUUAUUGAAGGGAUCAGUUUAUCGUCUCUGGAUUAUGGUACCUCAGAAAUGAUUCCUGUGGAAAAUAAUUGUCAAAUUUCAUGCAAGAAUUCAGAAACAUCUUCUGGUUACAUGAUUCGUGUCCUCCAAUGGAAAACGUCUGAACUCACUACUGUCCUACAGCAAUUUAUUAAAACCUGUAAUGAUUUGUUGGUUGGAAAGGCAGAUCUAGAAAAGUUCACUGAAGAGAUAGCCUCUGCUUUGGACUGGGUUAUGAACCACUGCUUUUCCCUUCAAGAUGUUUCAAGCAUGAAGGAUGCAAUCAAGAAGCACCUUGAUUGGGAUGAGUCGCAAAGUGAGAGCGAGGUUGAAUGUGAAACAACUGGUCAAUUUUCAGAAGCAGAUAAAACAUGCACUCACAAAGAACAGUUAUCAUAUAUGCAUGUUCUUUCUUCUUGGAAUGACCACAAAUUGGGAGAAAUUCAACCUACUGUGAGAGAAGAAAGUGAAAAUCUGAAAGAUGAGUCAGCAAAUAUGGAACCUGCUGACAAGGACACCUCAAUUAUCCAACCUCACGAACCAGAGAAAAUAAUGAAAAGCUUGCAAUCAGAGUUGGAAGCUGUAAAAGAAUCAGAAGUCAUGAUUGAGAAUCCAAUUGAGAAUAAUAAAUCAGUAAAUGAAGACCUUGAUGCACAGCUGAAAUUUGCCACAGUUGAACUGAACAAGGCCAGUCAAAAGUUAUCAUCUCUAAAAACGAAAUUGGAGCAUAAAAAUACCUGCUGUCAGAAACUGGAAGCCACAUGUGUUGACCCACAGCUUCAGCUAGAAAGGGUCACCGAGAAGGAGAUCCCAAAAUAUGAUGUUGUCCAAGAAGAAAAGCAACUUCAGGCUGACUGGGAAAUCGCAGCAGCUUCUGAGAAGUUGGCAGAGUGCCAAGAGACCAUCCUAGGCCUGGGAAAACAGUUGAAGGCAUUGGCUUCACCGGGGGAUGCCACCCUUUUUGAUAAGCUUGUCUCUAACCCUUUGUACAACAAUGUUCCCACGACAAUGUCUCCCAAGAAGGGCACGAGCCAACGGACAUCUCUGCUGGACAAAAUACUGGAUGAAGAUAAGGCUGUAGAUGGAGACGUUAAGUUACGAAAGACAAAGGAAGUUUUCCUUUCGGAACCUCAAAAAUCUCCCACCGUUCUAGAUAGCAAUUCUUUCUCUGCCUGUCACUCCAAUAAAGCAAUAAAUUCUCAGGAAAGUUCUCUUUAUGUGAAUGGGAGCAAACAUAAUGUCGAUGAAGCUGUGGGCGAUUCUUUCGCCAUUGUGCCUAGGAAGAGAAAGGGAACCUGGGGACUGCUGAAAACCCUUUUGUGGAGAAGAAAUAAAGGAAAUAGGAACAAAUAACACUCCCUUUUUUUGGCUGCAUAAGGUUUUUAACUCAGGAUUAGUUGUAAAUUGUAAUGGCUAUGGUUUUUCGGUUUGUUGCUUGCUUGGAUCGGAAAAUUACAUGCUUUGGCAUCUUCCAAUCAUCAGGUCGGGGGUGAAAGGAGAAAACCUUCAUACUUUUUGCGUUUGCUAGUACUGUAUGAGUUCUCGGAACCAAAAGGAUUGAGCAUUUAACGUGAAACUAAUAAGUAGAGUUUGAUUUGCUCGCAUCAUUAUACCUUCAGGACAGUCAUAUUUUCAUUACAACUAGAUCUUUUUUUUAUCUACAACUAGAAAUAAUUGUAAAGGGUAAAAUGUGCCCCAUCCACUGGGAACAACGGUAGUGUGUUGUUGCUUGAUCUAUUGAGCAAGUGAAUCGUGGUUUUCUUUAGUGUUAAACUGUAUCAGGAUCAUUAAAGAAAGAGCUCUUGGGCUCCGAAUGUCUAGAUUUGGAUGUUUUGU